UAGACCCUCUAGUUUAUCACUGUUUAAGUCCCACAUUGUUUACAUAUCAUAAAUUUCACUGUUUAUAUACUAUCGCAGAACAUCUACUACUGUCCCUUCGGGGACAUCCGAUAAAAUUGGAACGAUACAGAGAAGAUUAGCAUGGCCCCUGCGCAAGGAUGACACGCACAAAUCGAGAAAUGGUCCAAAUUUUUUGAGGUGAUUAACUACUAAGUGUAGAAUUGAGUUUGGAGGAGGCAAAAUUGAAAAUUGAUUCUAGAUGUAAAUACUUGACUUUGAGUUGAGGUUUAAUUGUUCUAAGUAGAAUUAAUUUUGCCCUCCAGAAAUUAUUCUAUUAUGAAGUUUGAAUUUGGAGCUUUUGGCUCUAUAAUUGAUUUUUAGCAUCUAUCAAUUGACUUUUACAUGAAUAUAUUCAAACACAAUCACUCAAUUGACUUUUACAUAAAUAUAUUCAAACACAAUCGCUUCAGCUUCAAUUCACUUUAAGCCACAUAAUCAAUUCAUUCACAAUCAAUGUUGUUACCGUAUAACCAAACACACACUAAGCAUAUGUUUGGAAUGAGAUUUGUAGUCAAUUUAUCUUGUUCCCAAGCAUUUUGGCCGUGAUUUAGAGAAGCUACUCUUUGGAGAGUAUUAGUGGACAUAUUCUGAAACGUGAUUUUGCAUUUUUCCAAACACACAUUAAGAGUUUUGAAAUAAUUGCAGCAUCAUGGAUUUUACACAAGCUAGUCAACCUGAGCUGGAACAAUCCUUAAAAGACUAGAUUCUAUGUUUGAAAUUGAGAACAGAUUCUGUGACCAGGUUUCGCUUGUCUUAUGUUACAAAUAUGCCAUUCAAAAUCUUGACUAUCAAUAUAGCUAGAUGCGUAUGUAGUCUUUUUUUCCAACCUUUGAAUCAUGUCAAAUCAUAUUUAUGAUCAUGCUUGAUUAGGAAAAUAUCUAAUAUACCAUAGACACUCCAUUCAAUACUAAACACGUGCUUGUUUGAGUAUUUAAAUACUACUUUUAUAUAUGUCAACUAUCAAAUGGAGUAUCAGAAAAAUGAUAUUGACAGGAAGUGUGUGAUAUCAGAUUCUUAAGCAAGUGCAAGUUUUGUUUAUCAUAAUCUUAGAUUUCAAAUCAAAUGUCUUUAUUAGAUCCCUUUGCAAAUAUGGUCUAGCCUUCUCGCAUUUUGUAUAUUUUAAUCACUAAUUUGUCCACUAUGAUAUGAUAUUUAUGUACGUCUUGCUUGACUAAAAUCAAAGGAAGAAAAACUCUGCAAAGCUGAGCAAGUUCCAAAGCGUUUUCUCUUUGCACCUUAUAAAAGAGAGUAUAUUUACAAAAUCUGUAUCUAUGACCAUCCAUCUGGUAUCGAUUGGUCCCAUAGAUCUUUAUAUUUUUAUGGUACUCCAUUUUCUAGAUUCUAGGAGCCACUUUAACUUGUAUUUUACAUACUUUAUUCCAUUGCAAUAGCUAUGCGUAGCCUUUUUAUUCCUUUGAUUGCCUUCAUAUAAUGCAUAAGAGUUUUCUUCUCCUAAUUGUCCAUGCAAAAUGACUGUUGAGUCAAACAAGAGACAUAAUUUCCAUUUUAGAUAUGUCUUUCUUAUUUGCCUUUUCCUUGGUCAUUAUACUUGUUCACAAAAGACUUGUCCAAACUGUGGCUUUAUGAAUGUUCCAUAUCCUUUGAGCACAGACCCCAACUGUGGCGAUUCCUACUAUAGGCUUCGUUGCGAUCCCCAUUCUCAAAAGCUUUACUUUGACACUCUCAAUGGCAGUUCCUAUGUUGUACUCAGAAUCAUGUCUUCAAUCCAGCGUAUCGUGGUGCAGCCACCACCUUGGUUACCUGGUUCAUGUGUCACACAAGACAUGCCGGUAAGCAACGGUAUUUGGUUAAAUCAGUCCCUUCCUUUCAAAAUAACUUCAUCUAACACAGUGUUCCUCUUCAACUGUUCCCCUCGCCUCUUGGUUUCUCCUCUUAACUGCACUUCUUCUAGUACUUGUCAUCGUUACUUGGAAAAUUCAGGUCACGUUGACACAAAGCGAGCACUUGAGUGUGCCAGCGGUCUUCACCCUUGUUGCACCUUUGUUGCUGGUGGUAUGCCUUCGGCUUACAAGAUUCGUCUUCACGAUUCCGGUUGCAGAGCAUUCAGAAGCAUCCUUCAUUUGGACCAAGACAAACCUCCUAAUCAGUGGGAGGAAGGCUUAGAGAUUCAAUGGUCUCUUCCACCUGAACCUGUCUGUAGGACACAAAGGGAUUGCUCUAGAGACUCUAAGUGUUCCCCUUCUGGUAGAUAUGCAGUCUUUCGCUGUUUUUGUAAUAAAGGAUUUCAUUGGGAUCCUUUUGCAGCAACCUGUGUAAGGUACAAGAGAAAAUCCAAAUGGAAAACCAGCUUGGUUGUCUCAAUAGGGGUUAUUGCUUUUUUCUCAUUGGCUGUGGUUCUUGUCAUCAUCACAAAGUCCUUCAAAUUCAAACACUAUAACAAUAGGGAGAAUCAGGCCAAGGAAAGAGAAAUUGUUCUCAAAUCAAACACUGGUGAGAAACCUUACAGGAUGUUUCAGCUGAAAGAGUUGAAGAAAGCAACAAACAGUUUCUCACAAGACAGGAUCCUAGGAAGUGGUGGCUUUGGUGAAGUUUACAAAGGUGAACUACAAGAUGGAACGUUGGUAGCUGUCAAGAAAGCUAGAGUUGGUAACCUUAAAAGCACACAACAAGUGCUUAAUGAGGUUUCAAUACUUUCUCAAGUCAAUCACAAGAACCUAGUCAGACUCUUGGGCUGCUGUGUGGAAUCUGAUCAGCCUUUGAUGAUUUAUGAGUAUAUCUCAAAUGGCACCCUCUAUGACCAUAUUCAUGGUAGGUAUCCCAAUUUUUUGGAUUGGAAAAAAAGGCUCAAAAUUGCUUAUCAAACAGCUGAAGCAUUGGCUUAUUUACAUUUUUCUGCACACACCCCAAUUUACCAUAGAGAUGUUAAAUCAACAAAUAUACUAUUAGACGGUGAAUUUGACGUGAAAGUUUCAGAUUUUGGACUCUCGAGAUUGGCUAACCCGGGACUUAGUCACGUGUCUACGUGUGCUCAGGGGACACUAGGGUACUUAGAUCCAGAAUAUUAUCGUAACUAUCAGUUAACUGAUAAAAGUGAUGUUUAUAGCUAUGGAGUUGUGCUGCUAGAGCUUUUGACUUCACAGAAAGCGAUAGACUUCUCUCGUGAUCAAGAUGAUGUCAACUUGGUAAUUCAUGUGAGUCAAUAUGCAAGCAAUGGUGCAAUCAUGCAAGUGGUUGAUCAAAGGCUUCUUCUUCUAUCUUUGGAACCAUCAAGUGGUAAAUUGAUCACAAGCAUAAGACUUUUUUGGGAGCUUGCACAUGAUUGUCUUAGGGAGAAGAAAGUUGACAGGCCUUGUAUGAGGGAUAUUGUCGAACGCCUCCUAAGCAUAAUUAGGAUUGAAGAUCAAGAGUGAAGUAUGCAGAAUGUGGUUUCUGUUUGAUAGCAAGUGUAUUGUGUAAUAGUGAGCCUAGUAUUUAAUUAAUGAGUUGUGUUAUUUUGCCAUAAACUAAAAUGAGAAAAUAAAAUUAAACAAUUUGAAUAUUAAUGCAUUUCAAAUA